UAAAUACAAUCAGAAAUCAAUUAAGAUUCUUGUCCAGUUGUUCUCAUCUUGAAGUAAACAGCAGACCAUCGCUAGACCAAAGAAGUUUUAUAUUGUAGUGGAAGAAACGAAUACUUUAAUAAUGAUUUUAUUCAUUACGUUUCUAUGUUUUCUCGUCAGUUCUUGUACUGCCAGGCCAAAUAUCGAAGCUGUGCCACAAAAUGUGGUGACCGUGCCAACAAAUUGUCCCGAUGGACAACAAUGGGUUAAUGGGCAAUGCCGAGAAAUUUGGAGAGUUACAGCUGCGCCUACAAACAUGAUCACGGUGCCAACAAACUGCCCUCCAGGACAAUCAUUAGUUAAUGGCCAGUGUCGUGAAAUUUGGAUCAAAACACUGAUUGACGGCUUCUUCAGGGAUUUAGCGCCACAAAAUGUGGUGACUGUACCACCUAACUGCCGCCCCGGUCAGCAGUGGAUCAAUGGUUCCUGUCGCGACGUUUGGAGAAGCGGAACUGACACCAAAAACGUAAUCACUGUUCCUACCAAUUGCCCCUCCGGACAAGAAUUCAUCAAUGGGCAAUGCCGCGAAGUGUGGAGAAGUUCACUGAAUUUGGAGAAUGCUGUAAAUCAAUUACAAAUUAAAGAAGUUCAAAACCAAAAUGAUGCCAACAGGAGCGUUAUAACCGUACCACAUCAGUGCCCCAGUGGCUACAGACCUGAUGCUCUUGGAAAUUGUCGCCCAAUAUUGAUAAUGGACCUAAAUUAAUUACCUACUUUAAAAUAUUUAAGUUCCUGUCGGCCUGCCUGCUUACCUACCUACCUGCCUAAUUACUUUGCCUAAUAAACUCUUAAUAUUUCUGUUUUCAUUA